AGCAUUCCAUUUGAAGAAACGGUAUUUACCUUCGUUAAAACUGAGUAAAAUAAUUAUUUUUGCGAAUUAAUCCUCUAUUGGGUUGCUUUAAAAUAUGCGGGUCGUUUUAAAUUAUCUUUGACGAUAGUCAAUACCGAAUUUUUUGCCUUUUUAACUGUAUUUGCGUAUAUGUACUGAUUUUUUUGAUCAUUCACCGAAAAAAAAAUAUUUAGUAUCUACUUAUUUUGUUUCGAGUUAAAUAUUAAUUUAAUAUUUAUUAGUUUUCAAUAGCGUCAGUGAAAAUCAGGCGUGUUUAUAAGAUAGUUGUUUAAAAAUCGUAAUAUUGUUUGUUUUUAAAAUAAUUGCCAUUUAAUUUAAAAUAAUUAUACAAAGGAAAUGGACAGUGUAAAGUGUAAAAAAGUGUAAGAUGUUUCUAUCAAAAUAUGUGCUUCGGCAAUAUAUCAUAGUUUUAGCAGUCUGUUAUUCUUUCAGUGAACCUCACAGGAGUGGGGGUUGGUAUGACGGUAGCAUGGCCGUCACCAAUGCUUAUCAAACUCAUGAAGGAAGACACUCAGCUAUCUAGGAAGGUAUCUGAGGACGAAGCCACUUGGAUCGUCUCUUGUGGUUGUUUGUUGCCAAUAGUAUUUUCCCACUUUAUUUCUUGGAUCUCGAACAAACUUGGAAGGAAGACCACAUUACUCCUGAUCAGUUUAUUAAAAGCAUGUAUAUACAUGGUGCAAAUCUUCGCGACUGAACUGUGGAUGCUGUAUGCUAUAAGGGUUAUAUCUGGUAUCCUGGAUACUGGUAUUCUUUGCAACUUACUGGCUUAUAGCGCGGAGAUUGCUAGCAAAGAAAUCCGAGGUGCACUAGUAACAAUCCAGCAGAUGUCGCUAGCCACAGGCAUGCUUAUCAUCUUCACCGUGGGUCCGUACGCGACAUACCUCGUGGUCAAUGUGGUGUUUGAGUGCAUCACACUACUGAUCGUUGUGCCGCUGAUCUUUAUUCCGGAGAGUCCUUGUUCUUUGUUGGGGAGAGGGCUAAAAGACGAAGCUCUUCAAACUCUAAUCUACCUUCGCGGUUCAGAAACGAAAGCCAAGGAAGAAAUCAACGAAUACACAGUAUCAUGCGAACAGAAUAAGCACACAAUAUCAUACCGCGACAAGGUCUUUAUAAAAGCCCUUGCUAUAGUCGUCUUAUUGAGUAUUGGUAUACAAUCUAUUGGAUAUUUGACUGUGACGAUGUAUUUACAAAUAAUACUGGAUACAACGGGAACGAGUGUGUCUACAGAAGUGAUGUCGGUUGUUUUUGGAGUCCUGCAAUUGUUGGCCGGUCUCUUUGCAGCCGUUGUAACUGACAGGGCGGGGAGAAAACCUAUAUUGUCGAUCACGCUUGUGGGCUUAUCUAUUGGAAUGUCCGGCCUUGGGUUAUUUUUUUACGUUAAAGAUUCUGGCACCGAAAUCACUGGGAUCAUGAAUUAUUUACCACUAAUUUCUGUGGUUAUGAUUGUCAUUUGUUUUAAUGCAGGUCCUGGCAGUCUGAUAAACGUAGUAAGUUCAGAAUUACUAGACAGUCCCGUUCGAUCAUUUGGAAUGAGUACAUCCAUAACAUGUGGUUUAUUAGUUGCAUUUCUAAACCUCAAAUACUUUACUUUAGUCGCUGAUAUGAUAGGCUCUGCUGCUGUGUUUUGGAUGUUUGCUGGUGUAUCUCUUGUGUAUAUGAUGUUCAUAUUAAUUUGCGUGCCGGAAACUAAGUAAGCAGAGAACGUUUUUGGAGAUCCAGAAAGCGCUGGGCAGGAAAGAAAAGGCAAUGACUGUGGUUGAACACAAAUAAAUUGGAAUAUUUGCAAAGUUUUAUGUCGCAAACGGAUAUAUUUAGAAUAUACGUAUUUUGUUAAAAAGUUA